AACCAAAAAAGAAAGGAAAAAUAAAGAAAACAACUAAAAAAAACAAAUAAAAACAAUAAUCAAAGUUUCAAAAUGGCUAAUCUUCAUGAUUUUGAUUACAUCUUCGCGAUUACGAUGAUUUUCGCAUUUUUAGAUGCAUGGAAUAUUGGUGCCAAUGAUGUCGCCAAUUCCUUUGCAUCUUCUGUUUCCUCUCGUUCGUUGACCUAUCCUCAGGCUAUGAUUUUAGCAGGCCUUUCUGAAUUUUUAGGAGCAGUUUUAGCUGGUUCAAGAGUCUCUGAAACUAUCAGAUCUAAAAUUAUCGAUGUGGAAGAUUUCAAUGAAACUCCCGCUGUGUUAAUGUUGGCAAUGUGUUGUGCAAUUGUUGGUUCCUCUUUGUGGUUGACUCUUGCUACUUCUAUUGGUUUACCUGUUUCAACCACUCAUUCCAUUGUUGGUGGUAUUAUUGGUGCUGGUGUUGCUGCAGGUAUUGAUGUUCAUUGGGGUUGGGAAGGUUUUGCUAAGAUUGCUGCUUCUUGGUUUAUUUCGCCUUGUGUCGCUGGUGGUUUUGCUUCGAUUGCCUUUUUGACGUCCAAAUACUUUGUUCUUGAAAGAAAGCACGAUGUUAGAAAUGGUUUGAUGUAUGUUCCUGUGUUAGUCUUUAUUACUUUUUCAAUCUUGACCAUGUUGAUUGUUUGGAAGGGAAGUCCAAAAUUAAACUUGGAUGAAUUACCAAACAGCACUAUUAUUGGUGCCAUUUUUGGUGUUGGUGGUUGUGCUUUUGCUAUUUACAUGCUUGUUUUCUACCCAUAUUUCAGAAGAAAGUUAGUUCAUGAAGACUGGACCUUAAGAAAAUAUGAUAUUGUUAAAGGUCCAAUCUACUGGUUCAAAUCAACUGACAACAUCCCCCCAAUGCCAGAGGGACACGAAUUAGUUAUUGAUUAUUAUAAAGGUAGAAGAUACGAUGAAACUACAAGUGAACAAUUAACUCCAAGUCAUGAUGAAGCCGUAAGCACUGAUAUUGAAAAUAAAACUUCCAACAAAGGUAAAGAAAUUGAAGUCGCCCUACAACCAGUUAAUGACGGUCCUUCAAACUUGGAAGAAAAAAUACCAACAAGAACUCUUUGGUUUAAUAUGUUAAAACAUCCAAAACAAUGGCCAAAAUUAUUGUGGUUAAUUUUCAUUCAUGGUAUUGACCAAGAUAUCAUUUCAGAUCAAGUUAACUCUCAAAGUAGAUUGGCAGGUAAUUUAAAGAAAGUCCACACAAAAGCUAAAAUCUACAAUAACAAAGUUGAAUAUUUAUACUCUAUUUUACAAGCCAUCACUGCCACCACCAUGUCUUUUGCUCAUGGUGCUAAUGACGUUUCAAAUGCUGCUGGUCCAUUAGCUACUGUCUAUUUAGUCUGGACUUCCAAUACUGUUGCAAGCAAGGCUGAUGUUCCAGUCUGGGUUUUAUGUUACGCCGCUGCUGCUUUGACUAUUGGUUUAUGGACUUACGGUUAUAAUAUUAUGAGAAACUUGGGUAACAGAUUAAUUUUGCAAUCACCAUCUAGAGGUUUCUCCAUUGAAUUAGGUGCUGCUGUUACUGUUGUCAUGGCUACUCAAUUAGCUCUCCCUGUUUCUACAACCCAAUCUGCUGUUGGUGCAACUGUUUUUGUUGGUUUAUGUAAUAAUGAUUUGAAUGCUGUCAACUGGAUUAUGGUUGGUUGGUGUUACUUCGGCUGGCUUUUUACCUUACCUUGCGCUGGUCUUGUUUCUGGUCUUUUGAUGGCUAUUAUCCUUAAUGCUCCUAGAUGGGGUGGUGUUUACAGCCUAUCCUAGUUUUUUUUCUAGUUUUCAAAAUUUUUGUUAUUUCUACUUUCGACGUUCUGUUUUUAUAUCCUUUUUGUUUUCAUAACUGAAAUUUCCUCAAUAGGUUUUGUUUUUGCAUUUUAAUAUAUUUUCUUGCUUUAUCUUAAUUUUUCUUUUUAAGAAAAAAGGUCACGCAUGCAAUGCAGCGCGUCUUCAUGCUUCAUGCAUUCUAU